AUGUCUCUCUCAAAGCACCUCAACGCCGAUCAGCUCAUCCAGUCUGCAAAGGACCACAAAGGUCACCAUGUUCGCAGCUCCAUCAACCACCAGGCCGACCAUGCAUACGGCGCCCGUUACGGCACUGAUCCCAUCCCCAAGUACAAGCUUCCCUCCAAGGGUGUGGAUGCGGAGGCCGCGUACCAACUGAUCCACGACGAACUCUCCCUCGAUGGAUCCCCGGCCCUCAACCUGGCGUCCUUCGUCCACACAUGGAUGCCGAAGCAGGCAGAUCAGCUCAUGAUGGAGAACCUCUCCAAAAAUCUCAUCGACCAGGACGAAUACCCCAUGACCCAGGUCCUCCAUACCCGCUGCGUCUCCCAGCUCGCUGAUUUGUGGCACGCACCCUCCACGAACCAAGCGAUCGGAACCGCCACUACUGGCUCGUCCGAGGCCAUCCAGCUUGGCGGGCUUGCGAUGAAGCGCAUCUGGCAAGAGAAGCGCAAGGCUGCCGGAAAGUCCAUCCACGAGCCCGGUCCCAACAUCGUGAUGGGCGCGAACGCACAGGUCGCACUCGAAAAGUUCGCUCGCUACUUCGACGUUGAGUGCCGUCUGGUACCCAUCUCUGAGGAGAGCAAGUACCGGCUCGACCCCAAGCGCGCGAUGGACUACGUCGACGAGAACACCAUCGGUGUCUAUGUCAUCCUCGGAAGCACCUACACCGGCCACUACGAGCCCGUCAAAGAGAUGUCCGACCUUCUCGACGAGUACGAGGCGCGCACCGGCAACUCAGUACCCAUUCACGUCGACGGCGCAUCCGGCGGCUUCGUCGCGCCCUUCGCCAACCCCAAACUUGAGUGGGACUUCCGCAUCCCGCGCGUAGUCUCCAUCAACGCCUCCGGCCACAAGUUCGGUCUCGCGUACGUCGGCGUCGGCUGGGUCGUCUGGCGCGCGAAGAAGUUCCUCCCGAAGGACCUCAUCUUCGAGCUGCACUACCUCGGCUCGGUCGAGUACUCGUUCUCGCUCAACUUCUCGCGCCCGGCGCACCCGAUCAUCGCGCAGUACUUCAACUUUGUGCACCUCGGGUUCGAGGGCUACCGCAAUGUCGCGCUCGCGGACCUCAAGAACGCCCGGCUUCUGAGCCGUGCGCUUGAGAAGAGCGGCCUCUUCACCGUUCUGAGUGACAUCCACCGGCCAGUGGAAGGCGUCGCUGCGGCUGUGAAGGGUGUGGUCGGCUUCGACGAAGAGAACAUCGAGAACUACGUCCCGGGAUUGCCAGUCGUGUCGUUCAGGUUCACCGACGAGUUCAGGAAGCAGAACCCCGACGUCCAGCAGAAGUGGGUGCAAGUCCUCCUGCGCGCGAAGGGCUGGAUCGUCCCGAACUACGAGCUCGCACCCAACCUGGAGAACGUCGAGAUCCUCCGUGUCGUCAUUCGUGAAAACAUGACCGCAGUGAUGGUCGACAGGCUCGUCGCAGACAUCCUUGAGAUCAUGGAGAGCCUCCAGAAGGCGGACAGCCCGGUCCACGCCCUCAGUGCGCUGCAGAGCCGCAAGACCGUUGAGGGCCACCACGGUCGCCUGGAAGAAGGCUCCGGCAGCCAGUCGAGCGGGACAUACGCCAAGCAGUGCUGAGUCUGCCUAUCUGGUCCCCGGGUUUCUCUGUCGAUCAUAUAUGGUAUAGCAGCGUGUACGAUACCGCGCCAUGUACCGCGACAAGUAGCUAACGGAUGGUGUACGUUAAGGUGUAACACAGGACGUCUCUGCCACAACG